GUUUCAGGGUGGCAUCGUUGAGUCAUCGUUCACACGGAAGGAAGGCUCCGCAUCAUGCUAAAAACAAGCUGGCAGCUGGACGAUGCGCGCGGACGGGAAGAAGGAGGUGACGGAGACGGCGGUCGCACGCACAAUUUCCCACUUGAAAUGAAAAAGCUGAGCACGACCGGUCGUAGAGGGGGCAACGGUGAUGCAUGCAUCUCGGGCACUUUCAGCAAUGUCAGAUGCCGAGCGAAUCGUGGUGGGGAAACUCGUGGCCUGACGCCACUACGCACACCUCUACCCCAAGCUUCUAGUCUAGCCUUAAUAGUCAUCCACUGGAAGCCGGAGACGAUCAAGCCGGGACGAAACCUCUUUCUCUGGAUACCGAUCAUCCACACAGCGAUCUACCCUUUUUAUUUUUUCUUCUUCUUUCUUUUCUUUUCGGUGUCACGAGACAGGUGACAUUCAAGUGGUGUUCAAGUGGGCAGUGAAACGUGAUUUUGUGACCAAGUUUCAAUUGAUCGAUCGGUGAUUGAACGUGGUGGUUGACAGUUGGCUGCCUUCGAUCGGGCUGCAUCGGUUUGCUUUUUCAACAACCGCCGGACAAUCGCUGGUCCGAUCGAAGUGCAGCCGCGCUUGAACUGGACACGUUUGACUCUUCAACGAGGUUGAACGUCGCGAAGGUGGUGCGAUAUUUUGUUUCUUUCUUUGCGAACGAAUUCACGUGGCGCUGAACGAUGCAAGUGAUAUUCGGUGCGGUUGGUGCGUACAAUCGUGGUGCUCGGUCGAAGUGACAGACUCGCCGGUGGGAAUACACGGAGAGUUCGUCGUUUGCUCGUUUUUCUUCGUUGUUUUUUUUUUUUUUUUUUACAGCAAGUCGUCGAUGCGUUGUUUUUGGAUUUAUUGGAUUUCUAAUGAAUUAUUCAUGAGUUUUGUUUCUAUGACAGAUUCAUCUCCCGCGGACUUUGGGUGGCUCGUGUUUCUAUUUUCGAGGUACGAGACUCGUGCACCAGGAUAAAAAUGAACGUGAAUCUUCUCAUCUUUUUUUUUUCUUUUUUUUU